UGAUCGUAUUUGCAGCAUCGCCUUUAAUGGUGAUUUCUGUUAGCUAUGCUAUGAGAGUUCACGCGGCUUACGAAGAUUCCAGUAACAAUGUCCAACAAAGUGUUUUGAAUAUGCGAACAAUUGCAUUGAAUCGCAAGAAAACAUUCAAAACAAAAUACAAAGAUUCUAUUGCUGGACCGCAUAGAAUGGUUAUUCGUGGUGCUUUAAUUAUUGCCAUUGGAUUUGGCGCGUUUCAGAGUCUUCAGAGCAUUGGCAUUUUG